AAGAACCAAACUUACAAGGAACCAAAUUUUUCAAGGAAUUUUCUCUCUCUUUCUCUCUCUUAUUGUUUUUCUUUUUUCUUCUUUUUAUAUUUUCUGUUGACGGAUGCAAAGAAUCCAACUUUUUUCUGUAUAUUUCACAAAUUUGGUUACAUUUGGGGACAUGAGUCCCUGACUUAGCAAAAGAAAGAUCAGCCUUCGACCAGCAGCUGGUUCCCAAGAACAAAGAGAGAAAAAAAAUAAAAAGAAGAAGAAAAAAUAAACAUAGUUUAACAAAAGAAGAAAUAAUUAUAUACAUAGAGAUAUAUUGAUAAUCGAUACUUGUAGAGGUGUAGUUAGUAUAAAUAUAGUAAGUAAGGAAAUAAAGGAAAAAAAAAAGGGUUUUAAAUCUUUUGGUGAGGAAGAUUAUGGGGAGAGGAAGAGUGGAGUUGAAGAGGAUAGAGAACAAGAUAAACAGGCAAGUUACAUUUGCCAAGAGAAGAAAUGGGUUGCUCAAGAAAGCUUAUGAAUUGUCUGUUUUGUGCGAUGCUGAGGUUGCUCUUAUCAUUUUCUCUAACCGUGGCAAGCUCUAUGAGUUUUGUAGCAGUGCUAGCAUGCUCAAGACACUUGAAAGAUAUCAGAAAUGCAGUUAUGGUGCAGUGGAAGUUAGCAAGCCAGCCAAGGAGCUUGAGAGCAGCUAUCGGGAGUACCUAAAACUGAAAGCUAGAUAUGAGGCCCUGCAACGAACUCAGCGAAAUCUUCUUGGUGAAGACUUGGGCCCCUUAAACUCAAAGGAGCUUGAGCAGCUUGAGCGUCAACUAGAAACAUCCUUGAAACAUGUCCGCUCCACCAAGACCCAAUAUUUGCUUGACCAGCUUUCUGAUCUUCAGAAUAAGGAACAAAUGUUGAUGGAAGCUAACAGGGCUUUGUCAAUUAAGCUUGAUGAAAUCAGUGCAAGAAACCAGUUUCGAGCAUCAUGGGAAGGUGGUGAGCAAAGUGUACCAUACGGUAACCAGCAGGCUCAAUCUCAGGGGUUAUUUCAGCCUUUGGAAUGCAAUCCUACUUUGCAGAUAGGGUAUAAUCCUGUUGCUUCAGACCAGAUAGCCGCUACAACUCAUGCCCAGCAAGUCAAUGGUUUUAUCCCCGGAUGGAUGCUUUAAAUUUUUGCUUGCACGAUAUGGUUAAUGGUCAUAAACUAGUAGCUACCUACUAGGUAAAUGCUUCUUGAUGUUGGCAAUGUGUAAAUGGUUUCAAGAGCAUGCAUAACCUGCAAUGACAUAAAAACAGCAGUGACUGAAUUUGAUGAGACAAUGAAACCUUGUGCCACAGACAACAGCCAUGUUACCAGUUUAUAUGAUAUUGGAAGACAUAACAGACUUUUAUUAAUAGUCCUUCCUUGCUUUGAUCUUUCUUA